GGUUGACAAGUGAAGGUGUACUAAAGGAUAUUUACUGCUUGUUAGAAUUUUUCCUAUGAAGUAAUCGAAUACUUACAUUAUAUAAUAAGUGAGGUUUUACUUCAGAAGAAAACGUAGCCAUGGUACCAAGGGUAAAUAUAACCAUAUCCAUCAAAGAACCCGAUCUGGACCCACCCUCAGAUCCAGGUGGCUCUGCACUCACAACUCCCACCAGUCCAGAGGUAAUGGAAUGGGUCCUGCCCUCUAACAAUGAUCCGUGGACUUCUCCUGGACAACUUUCUGUUGCUGUGCUUCUGGUCUUCUUAUUGUCCACGACCAUCAUCUGCAGCAAUGCGCUGCUUCUGAUAGCUGUCUACAGAUUCAAAAGACUUAGAAAUCCAAGCAACUACUUCGUCGCUUCAUUGGCAUCGGCUGAUUUUGGGAUAGGGCUGCUGUUGCCUCCUGGAUUAUAUUUUGAAUUCACUAGAACUCAUGUGAAAUGCAUCCUGCUGUGCUUGCUUCCCUACUGUCUCUUCAUUCUACUGUGCUCCGUGGCUCUGCUCAGCAUAACUGCUGUUGCUGUAGAUCGAUGCACAUCUCUGGCUUCACCACUGCGGUAUAAUAAUAUCAUAACACACGGUUCUGUGGUGAGAUACAUAGCUCUAUUUUGGAUUUAUUCAUUCCUGCUGUCGUCUUUCCCCAUGCUGUAUUGGUUUUCUGCUAAAGGUGCGUCCACCACCCAAAAUUGUUCAUUUACAUCUGUGAUCCUUUGGCCGUCGCGUAUGUUCCUGUUCUGCGUUUUGUUCGUACCAUGCACCCUCCUAGUGAUAGGCAGUUACGGAUAUGUCUAUAUUGUGGCCAGAUCUCACGCCAGAGCAAUAUUUUCUGCUGAGUUGUCAUUCCGGCAACAUCCUUUGUCAGGUCCUAAAUAUGGCAGGACUCUUGCGGGCACUGUCGGGCUCUUCUGUUUACUGUGGAUGCCAUUCCAGGCAGUAGCUUUCACAGAUUCUUUACAUGAAAGAACUAUAUUUUAUUUAGGAUUGCUUGCCAUCGCCAGUGCAGCUACGGAUCCAUGGAUGUACGGAUACAGAAGUGCUGAAUUUCGUCUUGCUUCUUUGAGAAUCUUGGAAACCAUUUUUCCACAACUGAGUGGGGCUUUGCACAAGCCAACAGUCAGACAUGCCAGCUUGGCCAGCUGUGCGUCACAUGUUCGUUUUGGAAUCACGCCGAAUCAUCCAACCCAUACUGCAGACACCAUGUGCGCUACCUUCAUUGAAAUUCCGAUGUUGACGAGAUCAAUUGAAGAAACGGCUGUGGCUGAAUUGUGAUAGGGUUUUUCAAAUUAUAAAAGAAUAUUUAAUCUUUCAUGAUAGUAGUUUGCUGUUCUACUCGAAAUAAGUUAUAAAAAAAGAAGAAGCAUGUAACUUGGAAAUUGUAAAUGUUGUAACCUGAUGGGUGAUUAAUGAAUUAUUCAUCCAAACUUUACAGGAAUGUGAAAAGUAUUCUUCUAGGAGACUAAAGGAAGAAUUAAGCUGGUCUCGAUUCUUCUAGAAUGUAAUAUCAUUUGUUAAAUAGUAAUAAUCGAAUUAGUUAUUGUGAAAUCAAAUGUGUGAAUGAUGUUUGCCCCAUAGUUUAAUAAUUAGAAGUAACUAUAAUCAAGAAUUAGAGUAUUAAAAAUAGAACAGAACUGAUAAACAGCCAACUUUUUAAGAUUUUCUUUCACGACCAAGAAUCUGUUACAAGUUUUGAAUCAUCACAAAAAAAGUUAUGAUCAUUUUACAUGCCUAUUAUUUAUUUUAUUAUCUCAUGCGAGCAUAAUAUAAAAAUCAUUUAUAGUUGUUUUUAUAAUGACAUUUUUUUUACGAUCUUGUAUUUGAAUUAAUAUAUAUCUUAUAAGUGGGCACAGUUAUGCAGUAGUCAAUCAUCAACUAAAUUCGUAUUUUGACAGGUAGUUGCAUUCGAAAAAUAAUUAAAAAGAACCUUUAACGUUGCCAUAAUAAUUACAUUAUAAGUAGUUUGUUGGACAAUGAGUUAAAUAUAACAACAUA